CAGGACUUCUAGGGAUAACAUUAUUUGCGACUUUGGAGACUUCUCCAUGUGUUCAAACCGCCACGUUUGAGGCAGCGAUGCACUGCGACUCUGCCAGCGCCUCCCCUCAAGACCUCAUGGUUUUGCGACCACUCCCACCAUAGUACGCGCUCUGGAAGCCACGCGCCAUGGCUCUCGAGCCUGGUCCCGCCCGGUCACUCUCCCCGGAGAGCUCUGGACGCAAUACGCCAACCCCGCGACAAUGGAGGAACCAGCUCAGCUCAGAAGAGCCGCCGCUCAAAGACAAAGCCUACCGAAAGUAUGCGUCCGGCGUCGAACGAGCCCUGUCGUUGUUCGACACAGCACUCCUGGAAUGGGCAGACUACAUAUCCUUCCUGAGCAGGCUGCUCAAGGCCCUGCAGGCACGACAAGCCAGCAUCACAACCGUACCCUCCAAAACCUUGGUGGCGAAACGUCUCUCCCAGUGCCUCAACCCAUCUCUCCCCUCGGGCGUACAUCAGAAGGCACUCGAGGUGUAUAACUAUGUCUUCUCCAUCAUUGGCAAGGAUGGCCUCGCUAAGGACCUCCCUCUAUACCUCCCUGGGCUCUCUACGACUCUCUCAUUUGCCUCUUUGACUGUACGGGCCCCCUUUCUCGAGCUUCUCGAGAGAUACUUCAUCGAGCUGGACCCCCGAUCCCUGCGGCCUGCCAUGAAAUCCGUCAUAUUGGGACUGCUGCCUGGGCUGGAGGAGGAGACAAGCGAGGAUUUUGACAGGACUCUGAAACUGUUAGAGAACUUCAAGGUCGCCAUCCGUUCGCCAGACAGCCAAUUGCUCACAGCAAUCCAUUCGACUGGCGACGAAUUCUUCUGGCAAUGCUUUUUCUUAGCUGCAAUUACUAGUCAGAGCCGUCGUCCGGGUGCUUUGGCGUAUCUCGUUCGAAAUCUCCCACAAUUAGGACAUUCCCUGUCGAAUGAACCAACGGCCACGAAAUCCAAGGGUGAAGACUCAGAGGAAGCCGGAUUAUCCGAGGAGUUGACAAGUCUCGUGACGUCCCCUGAACCUGGCUUGCUUUUGAGAUGUUUCGCCGCCGGUCUCGUCGAUGAACAACUUCUUAUUCAGCGGGGAUUCCUCGACCUUUUAGUAACACACCUGCCUCUGCACUCCAAAGUACUGCAGAAACGGGUCAAACCUGAAGACUUGGAGCUUUUGCUUCGUGCCGCUGCCGGCGUCGUCACCCGGAGAGACAUGAGCCUGAACCGACGUCUGUGGGCUUGGUUCUUAGGCCCCGAACCUGCGAGCCAGGAGAACGAGAAUGGUCUCGACUCCCCAACAUCACCAUCAGAUACCCCCCACGCGUACUUCUCCACGAAGACGAGCUACUUUGAAGAGUACGGGCUGCAAGCUCUGACGCAGGCACUAUUAUCCAUGAUCAAGACUGCGUCUGACAGCAACCCAACUGAACGAGCGCGUCCAUACCGGAUAUGUCUGUCCUUGAUGGAUAGGUGGGAGAUCGGUGGUGUUGUGGUACCUGAAAUCUUCCUCCCUGUCGUAAAAAGUGUCAGGGACUUCAAGACAGGGGUUGCUGGCAAGGCCGAGUUUAACGAAGUCCUGCGCAGCGCGAGCGUCUUCUUCGAUGGCGUUGAAAGUGGACUUAUUUAUAGUGAACUCAUUGGGCUCAUAGCUCAAGCUAUCGGCCCUGGAGCCACGGGUUAUGCAGAGCGCCUUGAUAAUCUCUCUUUGGUCCAGUUCAUCAUGGAUCAUUUUAACAUCAAGGAAGAAGAAAUGGUCACUAUUCAUGCUCCUCUGGCAGCCUUGUCAAUCUUAGCAAUGCUGGAGGAUUGCAGGGAACGGGACAACCGAUCCACGACACUGACUGAGAGUGCAAAGGCUGCCUUGUCAGAUCAGGCGCUGAACAUUGUCCUGAAUCUCUUGGAGCUCGUCCCAGAUCGAGCUUUCCCCGUCAAAUCGGGACAGAGGGAUUCGGUAGGAUCCUUGGAGGGUCCCGUCAUAGCAUCCAUGUCGAACAAUGACCUUCUCAAGAAGAUCAAGAAUUUCUAUGUUACUGAUCAGGGAAAUCUCGAGGCUAGUAACACCCCCUUCUCUGCGCGGAAUGUUGGGGCCCUCCUGUUGCAAAAAGCCGGUAAUCUGACAUGUGAAUGCUUGGCUGAGGAAAACUCAACCCAAGCAUUGGCAAUCAGGAGUCGAGUCCUAGCAAUGUUGUUGUCCAAGGUGCCGCAGGAGUAUCAAGUGGAGAUCGAGAGGUUACUGUCAGCCAUGCAAGCCAGGUUGUCUGUCGUCGAUCUGCCUUUCGUCUCUUUCAAAUCAAUCUUGUCGUUGUCCACACAGCUCUACAGCGGAGCGAGAAUACCCACGACCUCACUGUCGUCCUUGGUCGAGCCGUUGGUUCGUCAUGCCUGGGGAUUCUUGUCCCUGUCAGAGCCGAAAUACCAUGUGGAGACAGUGCGGUGUCUGUGGCAAUUGCAGUCAGCGCUGACGGUUCAAAAUCGUGACAUAGAAGGCGCUAUUGCAGCCCUGAUGCAGAAAAACGACACAAACGGUACAUUCGCCAUUCGACCAGCAGAACCUGGCCGGAGCUUCAGCAUUCUCUGGUCACACACGCUGCAAGACAGUACUGACCGACGAGCCCCCAAGACCCCGACGGUAGACCUGAAGGCUGUACCUCGAGUAUCUGGACAAGAUUACUACGAAGUAAUGUUGACUCGACCCUUAUUCCUGAUGCUCGAUGCUCUCUCGGAUGAUCGAACGCAGCUAUUCAUGGCGGUAAAGACUUGGCUUAAUAGCAUGGUCGGUAUCGAGAAACUUUUCCUGGUGUUUGUGACAAAACUUUCACAACUCUCGUUCCUAAGAACACUACCAAAGACACCGAAUGCGACGGUGUCAAGUCACUCCAUCGCAUUUACAGCAGAAGACGACCUGGACCUGGCCUUGUACUACCUACGUACGCUUUCCAACAUGUUUCGGUGGGCGCCGGAUGCGUUCUGGGGAGUGCUUGCAACUCGGUCGAUCGAGGAGCCAGACUCGAGUGUGAUAGAAAUCACGAUUACCGAAAGCGAUGUCUCCUUGCAAGAGUUCUUCCUACAAGUCUGUUUGAGAUGCAUCGCAGGCAAUAAAUUCCCUGGAGACAUGCAAGUGCAGCUACGCAUUGCUCAACUUCAUCGAUGCGCUCUCACCCUCCUCCACCAGAUUCUCUUGAGCCCUUAUGCGGAAUCACUGUCAAAUCUGCAUCUAGAGAAUAUUUUGAUCGAGCGACUCCACCAAUCACUGGAUGGGCCAGAUCCAUAUGUCCAGGUCUUGCUCCUCGACGUCGUUUUCGCGUCACUUAAGCUGCGGGAUGUCUCUCCAAAUGAACUUCCUUCAUCACCUACGGGUGAAAAACGGGCCUUGAGCUAUCCGUCAGGUAGCGUACGCAUGUCAUCUGGGACUGUUGAACACGUACCUGACAAUACACCUCCACCUCCCUCGUUACUGAAGUGCAUUCAGGCUGGCUUAGGCUCGUCUAGCAGCCGCCCAGUGCUAGAUAGCUGGGUUGGGUUCUUGACGGAAUGUUUGCCCUUCUAUGCCAACUCCGUCUUUCAGGUGCUCAUACCAUUAGUUGGGACUUUGUGUGAGCAAGUGGCAAGUACUUUUGAGGAUCUUCAGAAGACGUUCAAACAGAAUGGAAAGACGUCGGUCGGCAUCAAUGCACCCGAAUCGACGCUGAUAUCAUUACUCAAUGCACUUGAGCAAGUUCUGGCCAAAGCCCACGAUCAACUCUUGGCUGAGGAGGCUAGAACCCACGUCACCAAGAGCCCAGAUCAACCGGCUGGGUUCUUUGGCAACAUGGUGUCUGGAGUAUUUAAUUCGGAGGCUCCACAAUCGCGCAGCGCAACGGCAAAUGACAGACUCACGGUGUUACUUGCGUUCCAAGACGCGGUACGCAUCUGUUUCCGAAUCUGGUCUUGGGGUCAAGGGAGUGAAGCGUCGACUCUGGAUACUGACUCGGCUUCAUCCUUCCUCUAUACUUCCCUGCGCAUGCGGAACCGUGCCCGCCGGCUCCUCGAACAUGUCUUCGCCGCCGAGGCCCUGGAGUGUCUCGAGACUGUGGUUGGUAUCUGGCGUGCGUCAUUGAGCAGCCCAGAUACAACGAAGCACUCAGAGGUUUUCAAACUGCUCCCAGCUCUGGACGGUUCUCGUCCACGAUACACCAUCCCCGCCAUUUUCAACGCAAUCUACAGCCGUACCAACCCAGGUGCGCUCGAUCCGGGUAGAAAGUCGACCUUGACCAUAUCUUUACAGGAUACUGAUCUGGUCAUAUUCUUGGUUGACUAUGCCCGGUCUCUCGAAGACGACGCGAUGGAUGAGAUCUGGCAGGACUGCAUGAUAUUUCUCCGAGACCUCCUGGGCAACCCCUUUCCACAUAGGCAAACUUUGCCGAGCUUGCUGGAGUUUGCCGCUAUCUUGGGCGAAAAGGUGGACAAUACGAAUUUCGGCGAGCAGCGGAAGAUGCGGAGAGACCUAGGCGAUUUGUUUCUCCGACUCCUCACUGCUCUCUUCACAACGAGGCCAACGUCAUUUUCCGAAAACUCGACCACCUCCCAGUCGGACAAGCCAAAGUCUGAGGAUCGACACGUCUCACCCGCGAGAAGCCCUGCGGAAAGGGCUGAUGAUGUUGUUGGAAUUCUUUCCACCAUCGUACCUAAUUUACCCAAGAUCCUCGUAGAGUCUGAUCGUGUCCUGACAGCAGCUGGUGCCAUUUCAGCAAACGUCAUCGGUCCGACGAUUCGCUCCAAGGGAUUCCCUGAGACCAUAUCCAAGAGCAACUUGACUCUUCUCCAGGAACUGGCCAGACUCCCCAACAACCAGAAGACAUGGAAGAAGGACGUCGGCGAUGCUUUUAACGAUGCGCGUUUCUUCGGGUCAUCCGUUGCACUGGUCCAAAGCGGCUGGCUGCCACUGUUCAAGCAGUGGACUGUCACAGACAAAGAUCGCAUGACUGAAAUUCUUAGCCGCAUCACGCCACCUACAACCGCAGGCAUUGUUUUCGGCGUAGGUGCCACGUCUGCGAGGCUUGAAGCGGACCGCAAAACGCAGCUAAACCUUCGUCGCGUAGCAACGCUGAUUCUCGCCUGCGGAACCGACACCUUCGUGGCGGAUCUUCCUACCAUACUUGAGCGACUCGUUGAACUCAUGGGCGCAACCUCAACCUCCUCGCCAUCCUCGACCACCAGGGCCGAAAUCUACAUGGUUGUCCGCGCCCUGGUCCUCCGCACAUCAGCAAUGCAUCUCUCACCCCUAUGGCCCGUCAUCAACGCCGAGCUGCACGCAGCCAUCUCGUCUGUCGCCUCGCCCGACCACAGCGCCAGCAGCGACACGUAUAACAACAUGUCGACCCUGCAGGCCUGUAAGCUCCUCGACCUGCUCAUCUGCGUGGCCCCCGACGACUUCCAGCUGCACGAGUGGCUCUUCGUCACCGACACCAUAGACGCCAUCUACCGUUCGCCCUCGUACCAGCCCGUCGCCCUCGUUGACGAGCUGUCCGAGGAGCUCGGCAACAGCUCCAUCGCCAACAACUCGGCCCUGCAGACCGAGUCCGCUGCCAUUAUGGCCGCUUCGGGGUCUUACAGGCGGCCGCUACUAGGGCCGGGGGGCAUCAACGAUGAGCUGGCCAUGGAUCGCAAGGACGAGUUGGUCGCCAAGAUUUUGAGGCCGUUCUUUGGGCAGUUAAGCAUCUUUGCCUUUGAGUCGACGUACUCCAUGGGCGCGCUGGAUGAGGAGGCCGCACUGAAGGGGCUGUUGAGGGAUUUGUGUGAUGAGCGAAGCAUUGUGAAGGCGCUUUAGAGAAGUGGUGGGGUGGGAAGGACGAGGAGUGGGAGGUGGGUGUCGCUAGGCAGAGUUGCAUACUAGAUAGGAACAUGCAAGGUUUGGGAUCGGGUGAGAGGAAUGAAGCACUUAUUCAAAGCUUUUUUACUCAUUAGGCUUAUGGAUUGAACAUAUGCUAGCCGUGUUUCUACUUCCCUGGGGCCUGAAACAUUCGGUCGGCUACCUACUCAUAGGCUACAGGGUGCCUAACCGCACGGCGCUAAGAAAGUCAACAUGCUACAGCCUCGUCAGAUUCUUUUUGUAGCUCAUUGCUGGAUUCCAAUGUCCAAGAGCCAUCGGAUGUUGACGUGUCCCUUUUCCGGCGUUGGCAGUCGACAAAGGGACUUGUAAGUAGUGACUCACCUUUGUCCUAUGCCACCUUGAUAGCGCCCGGUGUCUGCGAACUUAAUUGUGUCUUGUAGAUCAAAAACGACAACUUCAUCUCCGUUUGGUCUUAG